GUCCACGCGAGCUUCCAAACAUUAUGGCGCCCAUGUUGCAACGCUUUGUGAGUCCGGGCAAAGGCAACGGCUUGCGUGCGACAACUGCAAUCAAAUCUGGAAAUUUGCUUUUCUCUUCCGAGCCUUUGGCAAGCUGCGUGUCGGCAAAAGUCGCCAAACAUGUGUGCCAUCGCUGCUUCGCUAGGCAUGAGACCUUGUUGCGGUGCUCCCAGUGCAAGAUGGCUCGCUACUGCAACAUCACCUGUCAGAAACAAGCAUGGUCUGACCAUAAGAGGGAGUGCAAAUGUCUGCGGAGCAUCCUUCCCAGAAUCCCUACCGACUCCGUCCGACUGGCUGCAAGACUCAUUUUUGCUUUGAUGAAUCCAGCAAAGACCGCCAGUGAGGAGCUCUACUCUUUCCACGAACAUGAAUCACACCUGAGCUCCAUGUCCGAGCAGAAGAAACAAGGUCUGUCUCAGCUGGCAUCCAUGCUCGAGAUGUACCUACAACAGGAAGUGCCUGAACUGACUCUGGAAAUGACAUCGGCCCUGCCGCAGCCCCUUGACUUGAUCGCAAAGGUGACGUGUAAUUGUUUCACCAUAAGUGACGGAGAGCUGCAAGAGAUUGGAGUUGGGUUGUAUCCCAGUUUAUCGCUGCUUAACCACGACUGCAGGCCAAAUUGUGUGAUGGUGUUUGAAGGAACGAAGCUACACCUGAGAGCUGUUCGGGAUAUCAAACCGGCAGAGGAGCUAACAAUUAGUUACAUAGAGACGCUGUCAUUGACGGAAGAACGUAAUAAACAGCUGGAGGACCAAUAUCAUUUCACAUGCCACUGCCAGAAAUGUGACUCUCAAGACACAGACAGACUCAUGCAGUCUGGUGAACAGACAACAUGGCUAAAGUUGAAGGAGGCUUUACCCAAAUUAGAAGAAAUGAAGGCAGCCUCAGAUUGGCAAAGCCUUCGAGAGAGUUGUACACGUCUUUUAUCAACCGAGGGUGCUGACGUGCCUGAUGAAAACCUCUACAAGCUCCGAUUGACCGAUAUGGCUCUGGAUUGUGCCGUUCACCUCGCUCAAUGGGAAGAAGCCACAAAACACGGGGAGAGGACACUUCCAGUUUACAGACUUUACUACCCUGAUCCCCAUCCCGUCCACGGAGUCCAGCUAAUGAGAGUUGCAAAGCUGCAGCAUUAUUUGGAGCGCAUUCAAGAUGCACUGGACACUUUCAAACAGGCCUUUGAAAUCCUCAAGAUCACCCAUGGGAUUGAUCACCGCUUGGUGACUGAUUUGUUGGUCAAGAUGGAAGAAUGUCGCUUAGAGAUGAAUCGAUAAAUCAACUUGAUGAUGUAAUUCAAGGCAAGCUGUAAAAAGUUUCUCUUUCUUUGAACAUCUGGAUGUCAUGAGGGCUCCAAGUUUGUUUGCAAAACCUGACAACAAAUACAGUUCAAGUCCGUUUGUAUGAGAUUCUUGUCUCUUGUUUCUAAUCUCUAGAUUCCAUUGCGGUGAGUUUGUUUGGCGUGUGUAUGUGUGUUUAUAGCAAAGGCAGCUUCUCAAAACAUCCAUCCUCCCCUCACCACAUAUCCAUCACACACUUCCCAUGAUAAUCCCUGUUAUUGUGUGGGUUAUUCUGUCAGUGUGCGUUAAGGCUGAAGAGUGUCUGUGAUGGAAUGUGGCAAUGUGGUCAUGCUUCACACACACGCGCACACGCACACACACACACACACACACACACACACACGGUUGUCUCUUUGUUAAAAGGAUGACAACAUUUCCUCUGGGAGCGUAAAGUGUGUGUUUAUGGGUUAUGGGAGGAUUACUGUGACAUUGUCUGCUUUCACAAAUAAAAGGUUUUGCAUUUCUGACACUUUUCGCUAUCUACAUAGAAAAGACUUGUCGAUUAGUCAGCUGUGAAUAACUGGCACUUUACCACAGUUGUUCAGAUUAUUAUUUUCCAAUAGUAUAUGAAGCAAGAGCUAUAUCAGUCCAAUUACCCUUAUCAGUUACGAAUAAGCAUUUAAUAAAAAGGAUUACAGUAUUUCAUUAGGUUGCAGUUUCCAGUUCUAUAUUUUAAUAUUUGGCUUAUCCUAUUCAGCAAAUAUAACAGCUGCUUGAAGGAUUAACUGUAAUUUUCAAAAAUAAAGCCCUCAAGAUUUUUUUAAGAAUCGUUGGACGAUUGCCUUUUAAAAUGUAUUCAAUAAAAGCAUUGAAUAGUAAUAAUGCUUGAGGUAGACUUUAUAAAAUACAAAAUUCUGACCCUAAAGACAGCCCAACAAUAGAAACGUCACACCACAUCUCCCUCCAUGUCUCUUUUUAGUGGUUAUUGUUUCCUCUUUCUCCCAUCAACUAGCACAGGCCAUUAAACCAGAUUUACUGUCGUCACUCUCACAGCCUGUCACUUUUCCCUCUCUCAUUCCCCCAACACUUCAAAUUAUAUUCAUAACCUCUCUUUGUCUAACUGUUGCUCUAACAUUAAAAUUCUGCAGCAUCGAACACAAAAACACUUUUAUGAAGUGAUUCUUUUGCGUGCUAUUAGAGAGAGCCAGCACACCACUUUGAGACUUUUUUUUUUUUUUUUUUGAGGAUUUGCUAUGCUUUUGCGUAACGCUGGUAGAUUGUUUAGCAUAGUUGAAUUUUUCCAAGAAAGCAAACACACGUUAAAUUUUUGAAUACAUUCCUUUAUUUACAUUCGGCCAUCUUUUUUGUCCAUCAGAACGCUGUGUCAAAAGACAGUUCCAGCCUUGAAUCAUGCACAGAGAAUAUCACACUUGAUGCGCUUCUGAAUUUUCACACUGAUCUCCAUUUUUUAUGACAUUGUUAGCUCAUCUGUUCUGCAGAUUGGCACUUAUGACUGGAAAAAAACAAAGAAAAAAAACAGACUUGAAACAAAUAAGUUGUCUUGUUUUUAGACAUGUAACGAUAUGAUAAGUCUCACAUCCACAAACAUAAGACACAUUUUUUUGGCCAUUUACCCACCUCGAGAAGGGGAUUUCCAUAACAUUACCAUUUAUCACACCAGGCUGGUUUGUGUAAAUAAUGUUACAUACACUAAGAUUUAUUUAACUAUUUUCCAUAUUUUCAGUGUAGUCUUCAACCAUGGCCAAAAGGAAUAAUAGGCGAGUAUAAAUGUGAUAUGUGCACAAUAUAUACAGUUGAACCUCAAAUUAUUUAUACCCUGGACAUGUUUUGACUGGAAAUGACAGGGGAACAUGGCAAAUGACCGUUAAACAUUAAACAU